AUUCAAACACUACAAGAGAAUUAAAAAAAAAACCCAUUUAAAUCUCUCAACUUUGAAUGGUGAUAUUUAUAAACCUGCAGUAAUUUUCAACCAGGAAAGGUACAUGUAGUUUCGUUUUUAUCAUACUGUGAAAUACCUGUAAACAACUAGUUUCGUUUUAAAAGUGUUUACAUGUAUAGCAAUAUAGUUUCGUUCUGAAAUCAAUUGUGAGCGACUUCUACCUAAGCAACAUGGCGUAGCUUUUAACGAUUGCCUUCCGUCAUGGAUCCCGUGAGUAGUAUAUACGACGAUGCUGAAAAUAUUGAGAAGCUCGUGGCUUCUGCUAAAAUUAACGAAUGGGGACCGAUAUGGCGGAUAUUGGGAACUCCGUCUCAUCCUAAGAAGUCGUACCUCAUUAACUGCAUCCCAGAGAACCGGCGUUGGAGCAUUCUUCAUCAAGCAAUAUUUUGGAACAACCACGGCGUAGUGGCUAAUCUACUUCAGUUCAAUACCUGUGACAAGACUGUAAAGGCCAAAGAAGGCACCUCGGAGAUAGGCCCCGACGGAAAGAAGUCUCCUGAAGAGGUCGCGGAAGCGUUUGGGCAUAACGAACUCAAGCCCAUUCUAGACAUGUAUCCAUACCAGUUACACGACCAGCUUCCGGUCACCUUCCUACCUCUGAGUGACGGUGCGGACGAUUUUGCGCUCGGUCUCCUUCGUAUAACACUGGCAUCAUAUAAAACAGCUUUUCAGCUUCACACUCAGGAAAUUCCGUCAUUUAGCGAUCUUCUGAGAGAUGUUUACAACAAGAUAGACACAUCGAACAGUCACUGGAAACUGGUCCGCGACAAGGUCCACGAAUCUGUGUACGUGAUUUGUCAUCAAACUUGUCUGAAGAUCAGGGAAUGUGAAAGUAAAGAACGGUUCUAUACAGCUAUCAUAAACACCUACACGGAGGAGAAGAGUUAUCUGUAUGACCACCUCAACACUGCGUUGCGUCGCCAGCGUCAGACCGAUUACAGACCCACGGCUGACGACCUGGCGUUAGGGCCAUACGUGCUAAUGUACCAGUUGCUUCUUCUCUUCUGGAACAAACUCCACAAAGAGAGACGUGUCACGUACCGCAGAAUGCGCGUGUCGUCUGAUGAUCUCGCUAAAUAUCAAGUGGGAACGAAAUUUGCCUGGAUGUCGUUCGUGUCUUCCUCCGUGGAGCUGGAAAAGGCCAUCAUGUUUCCGACUUGUGGUCCUACUGGCGAUAGAGUGAUCGUAUUUACCAUUGACAAUUCGUCUGCGAGUCAUUGGCAGCCAAGAAACAUCGAGAAGUACGCUCAGUAUAUGGAAAGGGAAAGGGUUUAUCCUGCCGGCGCCAAAUUUCUCGUGACGAAGAGAACUGAUUGUGUAGAAGAGUCAAGAAUAUUUUUAAAGCUUCUCUGACACGACUGACAGUGUCAUAUGAUGUACCCACUCAAACUGUAAUGAUGAGACUAGUGUGUUACAGAACUGCAUUUUCUUUUCGUUUCAUCUUUUAGAAUUCAGUUAUCAGAGAUCAUCCGAGGGAGAAUGGUGAGCAUACCGGUCAACAUAUUGCGGCUGUGUUAAUUGGAUUCUAUUGAAAUCUGUCAAUCUUUUUAAUUGCCGAUAUUUCAUUAAUUUGCAACAAAAAUAUAUAAGCAACAUUUUAGUACUAUACUGCACAUCGUUGUAUGAAUUGUCACGAAACCCAUAUGUUUCCACCAUACAGUCUAUCAAUCUAAUUAAAAUCACCCGUGAGGGUUCCAUUAAAUACAUGUAAGUUCUUCAUACGAAACCCGAACAGAUGCUUUUGAUUAGUUUGCCCUACAGCCCCCUUGUCCGUGAUAGCACUUAUCACUAGGUAUUAUUGCGCACGUCUUUCAUGUAAUGUAUGUCUGUGAUUAAUCGAUUGUACAUUGUUUAACGUCACUCUCGAAAAAAUUUCACUCAUAUGGAGACAUCAUCAUAUUGCCGGUGAAGGGCUGCAAAAUUUAGAUGUUCGGCUCUUGCUGCCUUUGAGCAAGGGGGGAUCGUUAUCGUGCCACACCUGCUGUGACACGGGGCCUCAGUUUUUGCGGUCUCAUCCGAAGGACCGCCCCAUAUGGUAAAAUUGCACAAAAUGUCCAUGGUAUAGGUAAUAAGUAGAAAAAAUACUGUAUAUCCAACGAUGACUAGGUACACAUGAUCCACAUUUAAUUAAUUACACUUAGCGCUUUCAUCGUGUAGUUCGGCUCUUCAGUGUGGGGUGUUAUAUAAAUUUGGCAUGUUUUUAUUAAUUCAUAAUUUGCUUAUACAAUGUAUAUAAAUAGGUAAUGAAUUUAGCAAUUUGAGACGUAAAACCUACAUGUACAUAUAUUUAUGAAUGUUAAAAUAAAAACGUGUUAGUGUUUAUAUCCAGUGUUUUAUGGAGUUAUUAAUAGUACAAAUUGUUUGAUUGAACUCGUGCGGAACAGGUAGUCUCGCUGCUCUACGUGCCACAGAUCCCCCCUCCUCCCUCCCGUCAAUGCUUUCAUUUAAUUCUGUGUUUAUUCUUAUUGUAGAAUAUUGAGUAAUGAAGUGAUGAAUAUGUAUAAAUAUCUACUGUACAUGUAAUAAAUUAUACGCUGUUGCACUAGCACAGGCGGGCCAGUUCCUAUGUA